AGCCCCUGUACAGAAGCUCUUUUAAUAGCAUUAGAAUGUCUUCAGAAUGUCCGCCUUCAAUUUUCGCGAAAGAGGGUGGUUGGCAGUUAGAUUUGGCCAAAAAGCACUGACGGCAGCAUCUCCGUUUCCCCCCGCACCCGUGGACCGUAUAGUAGUAGCCGACGGAUCCCGGGGUGCUGGAGUCGGAGCGUAAGAGGAAGAGAGUGGCUGGGGUGGCGAUUGCGCGACUGUAUGCGAGUGUGUGGGUCUGCAUGUGUGCGCAGUUCCUAGUCAGGAAGGGAGGUACAGUGAGAAUGUUAAAAUGCUAACCAUUUCAUCGCGACUGGAGAUGCCUCGAAGAUGCCACGCCGGUUUUAUUUGUCCGGUGGCCCCUCUCAGUCUGCUGUGAAGAAAUCUUGAUACAGUCAGGCGAAAACAUCUGCCUGCGUCUAUGUGGUUUUUUUUUCCCCGAGCUAAGUUGGGAACAUUAUGAAAAAAUACGCCGGCAUCGAUUGUCGAUCGUAUAGAAACACUUUUUGCCAACAUCCGAAAAAACAUGGAACUUGAGUGGCGUUUCUUCAUUUGAUGUCACCCUGGAGGUAGUCGGGGUUCCGAGCGAGGACAGGUGGAUGGAUUGUUUGUGAAGAGAAAGGACCUAACGGUGGAUAUAGAAACGGAGAAAGGGGAAAAUGCAGUUUGAGACAUUGCGUCAGUUUUGUAGCUCGGUUUUAUCUCAUUUCAAUGGGGCUUUCACUCCGCCUCAGAACAUUUUGCAGACGGAGCUACUGGAGCAGGCGUUCAGCAACAUCGGGAAAAGAAGCCCUUCUGCAUCCAGGGAUCCAAACCAAAAAUACGACCAAAGGGAGGAGAGGGGCGAGCGCUCCCAGUAUGCUCCAGGCCAGCACGGCGGCAUGCCCAGAUCGCCGUCUGACUACGGGGACGGGGAGCGUCGGCGAGGCGGCGGGGGGCCGGACGGCUACGGGCGUCCCCAAAGCGGGGCCGGGGCGGCACGGGACGCUUACCGGGCCCGCCGGGGCGGCUGGCGCUCGCAAGAGGACUACCCGCCGGACGAAGAGCUGCCGCCGCCAAGCGAGUACGAGCUGCGGCGGCAGCAGGAGGAGGAGCUGCAGACGCGUUACCGCAGCGACCCCAACCUGGCGCGCUACCCGGUCAAGCCGCAACCCUACGAGGAGCAGAUGCGCAUGCACGCCGAGGUGUCACGCUUCCGCCACGAGCGCCGCCACAGCGACGUCUCGCUCGCCUACACGGAGCUGGACGAGCCGCUGAGGGGCGGAGGGGGCCCGCCGCCGCCUCACCAGUCCCAGCAGCCGCACCCCUACGGGCCCCGGAUCGGGGUGGGAGGCCCCGGGGACGCCCACCUGCGGCCGCCCCAGCAGCAGCACUUGGACCCUGGGUCGGCGGUGCGGAUGACCAAGCGGGAGAAGAUGGAGAGCAUGCUGCGCAACGACUCGCUCAGCUCCGACCAGUCGGAGACGGUGCGCCCGCCGCCGCCGCGCCCGCACAAGAGCAAGCGCGGAGGCGGCGGCAGCAAGAUGCGGCAGGUGUCGCUGAGCAGCUCCGAGGAGGAGCUGGCCACCACGCCGGAGUACACCAGCUGCGAAGACGUGGAGAUCGAGAGCGAGUCGGUCAGCGAGAAAGGGAACAGUCAAAGGGGAAAAAGAAAAACUAUUGAGCAGUCUCCCUCCUUAUCUGAGGGACAAAAGAAAAUGGUGCGCUUUGGGGGCCACUCGUUCGAGGAGGAUGCCGAGUGGUGCGAACCCCUCAUUAAAGACUCGGGCGUUGAUACUUGCAGUAGUACCACACUAAACGAAGAGCAUAGCCAUAGUGAGAAGCACCCGGUGACUUGGCAGCCGUCUAAAGACGGGGAGCGUCUGAUCGGGAGGAUCCUGCUGAACAAGCGGCUAAAGGACGGGAGCGUGCCCCGCGACUCCGGAGCACUGCUGGGUCUUAAGGUGGUGGGUGGCAAGAUGACAGGAUCAGGUAGACUAUGCGCUUUCAUCACCAAAGUGAGGAAAGGAAGCUUAGCGGACACCGUUGGUCACCUUAGACCAGGUGACCAGGUUCUGGAGUGGAACGGCAGGAUAUUACAAGGAGCCACUUUUAAAGAAGUUUACAAUAUCAUUCUAGAAUCAAAGCCCGAGCCUCAGGUGGAACUAGUGGUCUCGCGACCCAUUGGAGAUAUUCCAAGGAUACCAGACAGCACACACGCACAACUGGAAUCAAGUUCGAGCUCGUUCGAGUCGCAGAAGAUGGACCGGCCCUCCAUCUCCGUCACGUCUCCCAUGAGCUCUGGGAUGCUGCGAGACGCCCCUCAAUACUUGUCUGGACAGCUCUCAAGCCAAAGCCUUAGUAGAAGAAGUUCGCCUUCUGCCCCUAGGGUGCAGGUCAAACUCUGGUAUGACAAGGUGGGCCAUCAGCUCAUCGUCACCAUCCUGGGAGCCAAGGAUCUGCCUCCCAGGGAGGACGACCGGCCCAGGAACCCCUACGUCAAAAUCUUCUUCCUCCCCGACAGAAGUUUGAAUUAUUGUUCCUCCAGUGACAAAAGCAAAAGAAGAACAAAAACGGUAAAGAAAUCUUUAGAGCCCAAGUGGAACCAGACCUUUAUGUACUCGCCCGUGCACCGGCGGGAGUUCCGCGAGCGCAUGCUGGAGGUCACGCUCUGGGACCAGGCCCGUGUGCGCGAGGAGGAGAGCCAGUUCCUCGGGGAGAUCCUGAUCGAGCUGGAGACGGCGCUGAUGGACGACGAGCCCCACUGGUACAAGAUGCAGACGCACGACUCGUCCUCCAUGCCCCUGCCCAACCCCUCGCCCCACGUCCAGAGGAGAGCCCUGCACGGAGACAGCCCCACACGCCGCCUCCAGAACAAAGGGCCGUACUCGUACAGCUCAGGGUCACAACGAGUCAGUGAUAGUGAGAUCUCAGACUACGACGGUGAGGAUGGUGUUGGAGUUGUAUCAGACUACAGGCAAAACGGCAGGGACCUACAGAGCUCCACCCUCUCCGUACCUGAGCAGGUGAUGUCAUCCAACCACGUCUCGCGCUCGGCCGACCUAAACCGGGCGCGAUCGCGCUCGCCCAGUGUGCCCCCGCCUCAGAGCCAUUUUCUCACCCUACCUCGAUCCAAGCACAGUCGGCCUAUAGACCCUCAGCAGAAGGAACUCAGGAAUUACGGAGCAUCGGACAGGUAUGAGUACCAGCACAGGUCCCGCUCCGCAGACCAGCGGUCCGCCCUCGACCGCCCCUUCUACACGCGCUCCCACUCCACCGAGCGCCCCCCCGACAGCCAGCUCAUGAGGUCCAUGCCGUCCCUCCCGUCCGGACGCUCCGCGCCGCCCUCCCCCGCCUUAACGAGGGCUCACCCCCGCAGCGGAUCGGUCCAAACGAGCCCCAGCAGUACGCCCAUGUCCAGCAGGAGAGGACGGCAACUACCACAACUACCUGCCAAGGGGACGCUCGAGAGAAAAGACGGAGGAGAAGACAUAGAGCCUGGUCCAGGUGCGAUGGACGUGGAGGAGCGCACGAGACAGAUGAAGCUGAAGAUGAACAAGUACAAGCAGGGCACCGGCUCCGACUCGCGGCUGGAGCAGGACUACCACAAGCGGCGGGACCCCACGCGGGGGACGGACAACCUCUCGGCCAAGUCGUCGGACAGCGAUGUAAGCGACGUGUCCGCUGUGUCGCGGGGCAGCAGUGCCUCUCGCUUCAGCAGCACGAGCUACAUGUCUGUCCAGUCGGAACGGCCGCGAGGCAGCCGCAAGAUCGGUGACUUAUCGUCCGAAAUGAAAAACAGGCAGACGGGCACAUCGGGCGGGAUGAACAUGACCAAGAGCACCAGCAUUGGCGGCAACAUGUGCAACAUGGAGAAGACGGACGGCAGCCAGUCGGACACGGCCGUCAGCCUGGUGGGCCUAGACGACAAGAAGCGCCGCUCAAGCAUCGGAGCCAAGAUGUCGGCCAUGGUGGGCAUGUCGCGCAAGAGCCGCAGCACGUCGCAGCUCAGCCAGACAGCAGGGGGUAAGAAGCUGCGCAGCACCAUCCAGAGGAGCACGGAGACAGGCCUGGCCGUGGAGAUGAGGAGCAGGAUGACUCGGCAAGCCAGCAGGGAGUCCAACGACGGCAGCAUGAACAGCUACAGCUCCGAGGGAAACCUCAUCUUCCCUGGUGUGCGGCUCUCAUCUGACAGCCAGUUCAGCGACUUCCUGGAUGGGCUUGGACCCGCUCAGCUGGUUGGACGGCAGACGCUGGCCACACCCCCGAUGGGUGACAUUCAGAUCGGCAUGGUCGACAAGAAAGGCGCCCUUGAGGUGGAGAUUAUCCGAGCCCGUGGCCUUGUGGGAAAACCAGGAUCAAAAGCACUGCCAGCCCCCUAUGUGAAGGUGUACCUGCUGGAUAACGGAGCCUGCAUCGCCAAAAAGAAAACAAAAGUAGCCCGGAAAACACUGGAACCCCUCUACCAGCAAACGCUGGCAUUCGAAGAGAGUCCAGGAGGCAAGGUUUUACAGGUCAUCGUCUGGGGAGACUACGGACGCAUGGACCACAAGUCCUUCAUGGGAGCUGUUCAAAUACUUCUAGACGAGCUGGACUUGUCCAACAUGGUGAUUGGCUGGUUCAAGCUCUUCCCUCCCUCCUCAUUGGUGGAUCCAACGUUGGCCCCCUUGACUCGAAGAGCUUCCCAAUCCUCAUUGGACAGUUCGUCGUUUGGCCGCUCGUAGCAGUGCGCACCAAGAGGUAGCGUUGUUGUAGCAGCCAGAGGGUGGAGCUUGAGAAUUGCGACAGGCCACACCCCCCCCGGUCACACUGCAUGCUUGAUGUUGUGUCUUCUGAGCCUGUUUCUUAAGGGGUUAAAACAGUGGUCCUGUGUUUAAUCGCAAAAAAAUAAAAAAUCCAUCGCACACAUUGUGUGAUUGAAGACAGAGGGAGACCCCGCCCCCGUCAUUCCAUUGGUGGGUGCAGGGGUCACUGGCAAAUGAAGGAAACAGGAAGUGGACUCCUGUAGCUGAAGGUAUCCCACAAUUCCUGGCUUUUCGUCCUCUUCAAGCCAUGAGUGGUGGAUGACAACUGCUAAUGCGUUGCUGAGUUCUACAGAAGGCUGUUGUUUUUUUCUCUCUUUUUUUUUUAAGGAGAAAAAAAAUUGUUAGGUCUCGUUUGUUUAUUUCUUGUUAUUUUUUUUUGUUAUUCUUUUCAAUAUGGGUGAGCUGAAUGGGGUCACAGUGUUCCAGACGGGAGGCUCGGUCAUGCCACUCUGCCAGCCUUCAGCCGUGUGGACUGACCAGGGGAGAACGAGAGGAUGGAGCCCAAGAGAGAUGUCCAGCGAGUAUACAGCCCUGACCUCUGACCUCGGACCUCUCCAUCCCUGCCUCCCCCUGAAAUGCACACGCCCCUAGUCCACCAGAGAGACUUGAAAAAAAAAGUUCGAAAAGGCAAUACAAAGAUGGCGACCGUGGACUCUCCAGAGUAGUAGGAUUUGAACCCAGACAUGAACUUUUGUGAUCCAAUUGAACUAUUUCUCUGUUGAUAUAUUGUAUGAAAUUUAAAUGAGGAAAAAAAAAAAGGUUUUUUUGCAUGGACACAAAUUUAGCUGAACUUUAAAAGUAAAAAAAAAAAUAUUUUCUUGAGGCUGCAACUUGCAAAAAAGAAAAUAAAAAAAACACAAAACAGCCAUUUUCAACCGUUUAUAUUAUUUUUAAAGGAUAAAUUUCACUAGUGCAUGGUUUUCAAGGGGAGUGAAUGCAACGGCGUGAUUACAGGAAAAAAAAGAUACCUUGUUUAUCGUCCUUUAGAACUCCUGGUCUGUAUUUUUACAGACGUGCAGAUGACAUGAAGUCUAAACGG